CAGAAGGGAAAUAACUCCCAAAAAAAUAGAAUCCAGAAAAAAACACUCUCGUAAUAAAUUACACAUUUUGCAGAAAACAAACAUUUGAACGAUGUCAAAAUCCCAUUUCCAUGGUGAUGAUGAUGGACAUCCAUCAGAGGAGAAGCCAGCUUUUCUUUCUUUUCUGACUGGAAAGUGGAUGGAUAUUCCAGAAGCUAAUAGAUAUGGAAAGUGUCGACCUGUCCAAGAGUUCCAGAAAGAAACAAGGAUAGGGGAGGGCACUUAUGGAGUUGUUUAUAAAGCCAAGGACACAAGGAAUGGAACAACUGUAGCUUUGAAGAGAGUGAAACUGCAUCAUGAAAAAAGUGGUAUACCAAUCAGUUCAUUACGGGAGAUCAAUAUAUUGCUGAACUUGCGACAUGACAACAUCGUACAGUUAAAGGAGAUCGUGGUUGGUAAAAGUUUGGACAGGAUCUUCCUUGUGAUGGAAUAUUGUGAACAGGACCUGGCUUCAUUGAUAGAUAACAUGCCAUCACCAUUCUCUGAGGCCCAGGUAAAAUGUAUCAUGCAGCAGUUGUUCCGAGGAAUACGGUUUUUACAUGAGAAUUUCAUUGUUCACAGAGAUUUAAAAGUUUCAAAUUUACUCAUGACAGAUAAAGGCUCUUUGAAAAUUGCUGAUUUUGGUUUAGCAAGGAAGUAUGAGUUACCUAAUAAGGCAAUGACUCCAAUUGUUGUAACAUUGUGGUAUAGAGCACCAGAAUUGUUGCUAGGUACCAAAACACACACAACAGGCAUAGACAUGUGGUCAGCAGGUUGUAUACUGGGUGAGUUGUUAGCUCACAAACCGUUAUUACCGGGUAACUCAGAAAUACAUCAGAUAGACCUGAUUGUGGAAAUGUUCGGGACACCAAAUGACACUAUAUGGCCGGGAUUCUCAGAUCUCCCAGCAUUGAAACAGUUCACUCUUAAAAAACAACCAUACAACAAUCUUCGGCACAAGUUUUCCUGGUUGUCAGAUGCUGGUAUCCGGCUUCUAAACUUUCUGUUUAUGUAUGAUCCAAACAAGAGGGCCACCGCUGAGGACUGCUUAGAUAGCUCAUAUUUCAAAGAGCAGCCAUUACCUUGUGAUCCUGAGCUCAUGCCAUCAUUCCCUCAGCAUAGAUUGACACGACAGAAGAGGGGCUCUCCACCAAAAGAAGAAGGAAAGGGCAAAACUUCUUCAGGACCAUAUCAAGACUUCAGUAACUUUGAACCAACUUCUGCGAAGAAGCAGAGGCUGACUUGAUGCCAGAAAGGAUUUUGGACAGAACUUAAAAUCACACAGAAUGAAAAAGUAUAGACCAGUUGAGAUAUUACAGGAGAAUAAAGAGUGAUUUCCCAGUUUGCAGUCGGCAUUUGUGUAUCAGCAGAUGUGGAAGAAUUCUGCAAACACUGUUGAUUUAAUGCUGUGAUAGAUGCUUAACUUAUGAUGAUUUCAGAUGGACUCAUUGUUGCAAUUUGGAUGUCAUCUGCUCCAAAACAACUUCUGUCAUUGUUUUAACUACACAGAAAAUUAACAGAUGUAUCAACCGUGACAUAAAAAAAGGAUCAUAUAGUAUUGCAAUUAUGGGAAUUUUAAUUGAAACCUUUUCAGAAUAUACAAACAUGUCUGUUAUUUAAUGCAAUGCAGUGGAUGCUUGCUGGACAAGGCCGCUGCAACUAAACAGUUAAAAUAAACUUGGGCUGGUCUUUGAAAUUUCCUUAGUACAGAAGUUUGGUUUAUAUUUGUUCUUGGUGUACAAUAGGGAACUUUAUUAGUAAUGAAAAAUAAACUUGGCAGUAUAUGCAGAGAUGCAAUUUUCUAGGCCAUUUAAGUAAUUAUGUAAGUUGUGUACUGGCUAGGAAUUCUAAGUUGGCAGGACCAGUUUACAGACAUGUGUAAUAACUACUUCAUUUUGACAUUAUUUAUUCAGUCAUUUGAUUUGGUUUAUUGGAAAAUUUGUUUUUCAUGUCUUAGGGGAGACAUUGAAGUUUUGACAAGUUA